AAUUGUUCUAAGUUUUGACGUAAAAUUUUCUUUUCUAGCAAUUUUUAAACCGCACGAAAUAUGUAAAUCAUAUGAAAUACAACCACGAGGGUGUAAAGAAAGAGAAGAAUAAACUAUGUACCGUCUGCGGCAGGGGCUUUUCUACAAACAAGAUCCUCAUCCAUCACAUUCGCACGCACACGGGCGAGCGUCCUUACGAAUGCGGGCACUGCUCCGCACGCUUCACGCAGAAACACGCGAUGCGUAAUCACGUGGCACACGUGCACUUAAAGAUGAAACGGAACGUGAAGUAGAGGAAAUAAAUACAUUAUCUUCUAACCUAAAAAAAAGAGUUUAAUUUGAACUCCCAAAA